AUGGAUCAAGACGAACAGUACCAGGAGACGGGCAGAGUUAGAGGUCACAGCAAGUCGGGAAAUAAUGAGAAUAGAAACGAGAGGACUACACCAAAAGGUCAGCCAGCUCGUGUAGUCCUCAAGUCCAACUCAUCCACAUCCAAAGCAACCCCCCGGAUUACACUACGGACACAAAAUAAUACGAAGAAGGGGUUUGGAACCCUGCGAGAGACUCCGCCAUCUAGGAAGGAGUCGUCUCCAGGUACCAGGAAGUCGUUUACAUCUUUACGAACAACACCUGGUAGUGGUACGAAGGAUCUUCAUCCACAAGCCACAGCGAAAACCACCAUCCGAGAAAACAGCUUACAACCUGUCAAGAAUAACAAGGCUGGGCAGCAUCAACAGGUACUUACAAGAACGCCUCCAUCCAUCAGAGCGGGUCAUAGAGUCUUGAAGCAAGACUCUAUCGUUAUGAGGCGUAAGCUAUCUGGUCAUUCCGAGGAGGGUUCUGAUUGGACGUUGACACCGAUUCCAAAACCUGCAUCCUUACAUGAAGAUGCUUUUACUGCGCCCAACAGCCCUGAUAUAUCUUCUGGUGAUGAAAUGGAUAUCACCACUCGGAUCGGUGACUCGCCUUUUCAUGCUGAUUGCGAGUUAAGUGGAGACGAUCUCGAGUCGAGAAUGAGGUCCUUUCUGAGACGACGAGAACGUGGCCGUGCCUCUCGUAGAUCCGAGAUCAAGUCCGUCAAAUGGGAUCCAGCAAUCGUCGCUUGUGGUCCGCUCGCUCAUAUCACCAACAAACCGAAGCAAAGCGAGGAUCAUGCAUAUCAAAUCCUGCCAGACCGGAAGCUGGAAGAGCCUACAAAGGAUUUGGAAAAUAGUCUUGACAAUUUGAAUCGGAUCGCUGCAGAUUUGAAGAAGGCGGACAGGCGUAUUCUGCAACAGCUCUUGGAGGCUCUUAAGACUGUUGACAGCAGUGAUGAUACUACGGUAAUAAGGCGCAAAAAGACAAGAUUCCCCUUGGGCGAACAGAAUGUGGAGCACAAUCAAACAACAACUUCCACCUCACCAGACCACAACAAUACCAGGUCGACGGCGAAGGGACUGAACCCUGAAGCCCCCGUCUAUCGAAACUUCGCUCCUGAGAAAGCUCGAUUCUUUCCUCAGAAGGAGAAUAAGGAAAAUAAAGAGAACAUUCCUCAGGGAGGUAAAUGGCCGUUAAAUGUUCAACGCAAGCGACCUCAUACAAGCGAAGAUGCGAAGAAUUCCGGAUUCAAUAGUCAUGACCUGGUUAAACCCAACAAAUACAUCCCACCUGCACUGCGAACACGUAAAGCCCCAUCAAUAGUUGACAAAGAGAUUAUCGAGCCCAUCUGGAUCAAGACUGCACCACCAUACUCAGUCCUUCCAAGCCAAGAAGCCAAUGAUCAGUCAGGCGGCAUCUACAACUCGCAAGAACCAUUCCUGGAUGCUCGUUUGGAUCCAGUGUAUGCUCUACCGACUCCAACUCUGGCUCAGCAACCAAGAGUACCCCUGGACAACCAGCCAAUUCUCCCUCCUUCAUGGAUGGUAGGUUUUCCGACAACGCAACAUCAGCAUUUGGCCCAGGCCCACCCCAUGAUUCCAUUGGGCUUCUUCGCACCGUAUGCUGGGUUCAGUUUUCAGCCAAAUACCAACCCCAACCCAGCUACGUCUCCUGACUGGUAUACUGUACCCAUGGUGCCAUUUCCUACAGUUCCAGCUCAGCAUGAGCAGUUCCCCAACCCUCCCAUUCAACGUGACAAAGAUUACAACGAUCGCGUAAAACGUUUACCAGUCAACGUGAUACCCAAUGAGACUGAACCUGGCCGCACUGCGACAACUCUUGAACCUGCCUGGGCAACUCAGGUCCUGGACAAGUUUACCGCGAAGUAUCCAAAAACUGGAACGAAGAAGCCACUCCCUAAGCCUACAAAAGAGAAGAACGUUGCAACCAAAAUACAGCAAAGACUGGAAGUUCUGUUGCUGUACCAAAAGGAGAAGAAGGCGAUGGAAGAGAAGUUUGGUCACGCUGCUGGUUUGAGUUUCCCUAGACAGCCGUCCCUUGUAUCAUCCCACAGCUCUUCAACUGAUUCCAUUGACGUAUCGCUUCAGUCGCCUUGA